UGCAUUCGUCCGUUGUUCAGACGGAUGAAUGUGCUGGCUGCCUCGCAACACACUCAAUGCAGUUUAAAAAUAUUGAAACGUAGUUGCGCGCUUCGACAUCCAAUGAACAUAAAAAUAAUUCCCUCAUCUGCAAAAUUCGUGAAGCAUGAGUCAUUAUUUUGUUACUCCUAAAGCAGUUACAAGUACACUUACUGCUUUUGUAGUAAUUUGAGAGCAACGUUUAGCCUCCCGGACUUUUGGGUUGUUAGCUGUUUGCUUUGUUUGAAAGUGACUGGAGAAUCCAAGCUGUAAAAUAUUCAGUCUUCACGAAAUCUACGCGAUGAUUCCUGAAUGUACCCGGAGCAGCGAAACAAGGAGCCGAACGCGUUGUCACUAUGGUCAGGCAGCCGAACCAAACCAGAACCGUUGUGGUCUACUUUCCCAAAUCAAAACUCCUAUCAACAACGAACCAUUUACUGACCACUACACCAUCAUUCCGGGCAAAGAGCUUGGCAGGGGGAAAUUUGCGGUGGUGAGGAAGUGUGUGGAGAAGUGCACAGGACGGGAAUACGCAGCCAAAUUCAUGAGGAAGAGGAGGAAGGGGCAGGAUUGCCGGCUGGAUAUCAUCCACGAAGUGUCUGUCCUGGAGCUCGCCAGGGCCAGCCAGCGCGUGGUCAACCUGUAUCAGGUCUAUGAGAUGGCCUCAGAGAUGGUGCUUGUCCUUGAGUUUGCGGCCGGUGGGGAGAUUUUUAACCAGUGUGUAGCGGAGAGGGAUGAGGCCUUUAAACCGGAUGACGUCAAAAGGCUAAUGACCCAGAUCUUAGAGGGGGUCUGUUUCCUCCACCAGAACAACGUAGUGCACCUGGACCUCAAGCCCCAGAACAUUCUGCUGACCAGUGAUGUUCCUCUGGGGGACAUCAAGAUUGUGGACUUUGGUCUGUCCAGGAUGGUGAACAGCAGCCAGGAGCUCAGGGAGAUCAUGGGAACCCCGGAGUAUGUGGCUCCGGAAAUACUGAAUUAUGAGCCAAUUAGCACAGCAACAGAUAUGUGGAGCAUUGGGGUGCUGGCCUACGUGAUGUUGACCGGCAUCUCUCCAUUCCUAGGGGAAGAUAAGCAGGAGACCUUCCUCAACAUCUCCCAGAUCAACAUCAGUUACCAGGAGGAAGAGUUGGAGCAUGUAGACAGGGCCGCCAUCACCUUCAUCAAGGCUUUGCUCAUCAAAGAACCACAAAACCGAGCCACAGCAGAAGAGUGCCUGCAGCACCAGUGGCUCCGGCCUACAGAGCCAGCGGAGAAAGAGACCACUGUCCAGGUGAGAGAGACGAUCAGCCCCACGGAGCGCACCUCAGAGCCAGCUAGCCCAGAGAGCCCCAUCAGAGAGGAAGAGGAGGAGGAGGAAGGCCCAGUAACAGAGGAGCUGAUCGUCAUGGCUGCCUACACACUGGGGCAGUGUCGCCAGUCAACGGACAAGGAGGUCAUGACCCCAGACCAGAAGGCCAUAUCCAAGCGCUUCAAGUUUGAAGAGCCCUUCAGCGCUCUCCAAGAGGUGCCUGGGGAGUACAUCUACUAAAGGACAGACACACCUUAGCCUCUAAACCUGGGUUCCUUGCUUUGAUCCUGGGUAGAAACUGGUAUGUGGUCUCCAUGCUAGAGCCUGAGGAAACAUUUCACCCUUUAUUGUCCAACUUGUAAGCCAAACCUUUCUUGUUGGUCAGUGUGUUUUUUUUUAUGUUUGUGCUGCUUUACUAUCCACGGGAAUUAUGAGAGUAAAGCCCUGUUGUAAUACCUGUUUGGUUUUUGGUUGCUUUUUACUUUGGUGCUUGGAGAAUUAGAGAAGACUUGGGCCAUAAAUGGAAUUGCAUAUUUUUGUUUGUCUGAUUGUUCUAUUUUGUCCAUGUUUUAUCUUGCCAUCUCUUAAGACAGAGGUCUUUAACCCACUCAUUAGGGAGACCCAGAUGUACCAUAAUUGUGCAGCCCUGAACAGGCACAGCAGAUUCACUGAUCAAGGGCUUGAUGCUUAGCUGUCCAGUCAAAUCCAGUAUCGGGAAUAGAUCAGAUACAUGGAAUGUCAGUGUGUCCCUGGGGACAGGGUUGAAUACCUCUGUUAAGUUCUGUUUUAGAUAUCUUCUAUAAGGGUUAAGCAAGUUUUGCGUUGUUCAGAGUGUAUAUCUCAAACCAAUACUCUUUAUAAAGCCAUUGCACGUAUAUGACUCCAAACUGGGAAAAUCCAAAGGUUUUAAGUUCUUCAGCAAUAACUGCAAAUCAUUUACACUUGUAUAUGCAGAAAGUGCUUGUUUUCCUUUCAUAAUUCCUAGUAGUUUGAUAGUUUGUCCCUGUCAAACGAGAAGCCCCUUUACUAUGGGAACACAUUUGUACAUGAAUGUCCUGAUACUGUAAAUAAAGAGAAGUCUCUAACCUUUU